CCCGCGUGGCAGGCGAGAACAAAGGAAACUGAUUCGAGCCAACGAAAUAUUAAUAUGACUCUUGCUUCCCACCCAGAUUACAUUUUUUGUUCUUGAUUUCCCGUACAUCUUGACAAUCACACAACAUCAAUCUACUCAUUUGUUAGAUCGAACACACUUGAUAAGAUCGACACAACCACACUAUGUCGGCACCAUCUCAUCUCGACUCUAGCGCCCAGCGCGGGCCGCCCUCCACUAGCGACUUUGACGACAAGUCCGAUAUGCACGUUGUGCCGCUUGCUGAGAAGCAAGGUGUUGUAGCGGAUGCUGCUGCUUCUUCCUCAGAAGCUCCCAAGGAACAGGAGGUUAUUACAGGAUGGAGACUGAACCUCGUGUUUGGCGCUCUGGGCCUGGUUGCCUUUCUGAUGCUCCUCGAUAUUUCCAUUGUCGCUACCGCCAUCCCACGAAUCACAUCCGACUUCCACUCGCUCGAAGACGUAGGAUGGUACGGCUCCGCAUACCUCCUUGCCAACUGUGCCCUGCAGCCCCUCGCCGGCAAAGUCUACACACACUUCCACUCCAAGGCCGCCUUUCUCGGCUUCUUCGCUCUCUUUGAACUCGGCUCGCUUCUCUGCGGUGUCUCCAACUCGUCCAAGAUGCUCAUUGUCUCCCGCGCCAUUGCUGGUAUGGGCGGUGCCGGUCUCAUGAACGGCGCCCUGACCAUUAUUGCCGUGGCUGUCCCCUUGCACAAGCGCCCCGUCUACAUGGGCGGCAUGAUGGGUGUUGCACAGAUGGGUGUUGUUGUUGGUCCCCUCCUCGGUGGCGCUUUCACACAGUACACUACAUGGCGCUGGUGCUUCUACAUCAACCUGCCCAUUGGUGCUGUCGUCGCUCUGCUGCUCAUCCUCAUCCGCAUCCCCGACAAUGUCAAGACCCGCACCGAGUCUGUUUGGCAGACUAUCCUCAACAACUUCGACUUGGUUGGCUUUGUUCUCUUUGCCCCCGCCGUCAUCAUGUUCCUGCUUGCCCUUGAAUGGGGCGGCAACACCUAUGACUGGAACAGCGCCACCAUCAUCGGUCUCUUCUGCGGCGCCGUCGUCCUCUUUGGCAUCUUCAUUGCCUGGGAGGCCCAUGUUGGCGCCAAGGCCAUGAUUCCUUUGAGUCUCUUCAAGAUCCAGGCUGUCUGGGCUGCCUGCGCCUACGUGUUCUUCCUGUUCUCUGCCAUGCAGCUCGUCGUCUACUACCUGCCCAUCUACUUCCAGGCCGUCAAGGACACCUCGCCUAUGAUCAGCGGUGUUGACUUGCUGCCCAGUAUUCUUAGCCAGCUCAUUGCCACGCUCGGUUCUGGCGCCCUCAUCACCAAGAUUGGCUACUACUUACCCUUUGCCGUCCUCUCGUCUAUCGUCACCACUAUUGGCCACGGCCUCUUGACGCUGCUCGAGCCCAACAGCUCCAUUGGCAUAUGGAUCGGCUUCCAGAUCGUCGUUGGUUUUGGCCGUGGUCUGGGUCUGCAGACUCCCUUCAUUGCCCUGCAGAACAAUGUCGAGCCCCAGCUCAUCUCUAUUGCCACGUCUACCAUGACCUUUACACAGACUUUCUCUGGUGCCGUCAUGCUCAGCAUGGCCCAGACCGUCUUUACCAGCAGUCUGCGCGAGCUUAUCCCGCAAUAUGCUCCUGGCGUCAGCGCCCAAAAGGUCAUCGCCGCAGGUGCCACUGGCGUCUGGGCCACCAUCACGGAUCCCACACAGCUCGCCGAGGUGCUUGUCGCCUACAACAUCAGUAUCCGCCGCGUCUACUACGUCGCCAUUGGCUUCACCGGUGCCUGCUUCAUCAUCUCAUGGUUCCUCGGCUGGAAGGAUAUUCGCAAGAAGCCCACUCCCAAGGCCGGUGCCGAGCAGGCCUAGACACCCAAAAAGGAAUGACCACCACUCUACACUAGAACAUUUUGCAUCAAGCCACGGCGUUUUCUGUAUUUUUUGUAACCGGAUAUAUCCACUCUGUUAGAUUUUUUAGACAAAAAGAGGGUCUGCCUACAAUAAGGCCAUUAAUAAUACAUAUAAUUUGACACCACU